GCUUGCUUUUGUCACUUCUCGUAACCCUUCGUCACAAUUCUCGUCCCAAUUAUUUCUCUCUGACUGUGAGUCGCACACGGUGACCAGUACUGACCCAUACACGAGAAAGAUAGAGGGAGCGAAGGAGGGGCAAUUUUACGAUUCCAUGGAACCCAAGGAUCAAGGUAAACCCUCCAUGAAGAAACUUCUACUCAUACUCAACUGCAUCCUAUUAUCCAUAGGCAACUGCGGCGGCCCACUGAUAAUGCGUCUUUAUUUCAUCCAUGGAGGCAAGCGAGUGUGGCUCUCGAGCUGGCUCGAAACCGGUGGCUUUCCGAUCAUCCUCCUUCCCCUCGCGUUAGUAUACUUCCAACGCCGCGCCACCAAAGGGCCGGGAACCGAGCUCUUCUUCAUGAAGCCACCUCUGUUCCUUGCCGCCGCCUUCAUAGGAAUCAUCACCGGCUUGGACGACUACCUCUAUGCCUACGGAGUGGCACGCCUUCCCGUUUCGACCUCCGCUCUGAUAGUCGCCAGUCAGCUCGCUUUCACAGCGGGCUUCGCUUUCCUUCUGGUGAAGCAGAAGUUCACCUCGUACUCGAUCAACGCGGUGUUUUUGCUGACCGUUGGAGCGGCGAUCUUGGCUUUGCACACGAGUAAUGACCGUCCGAAGGGCGAAUCGAGUACGGAGUAUCUUGCAGGGUUUUUAAUGACGCUGGGAGCAGCGGCGCUGUAUGCGUUUCUGCUGCCGUUGGUGGAGCUGACGUAUAAGAAAACGAAGCAGGAGAUAACAUAUUCGUUGGUGAUGGAGAUUCAGAUGGUGAUGUCUUUCUUUGCCACUCUUUUUUGCACAGUAGGGAUGCUGAUCAACAACGACUUCAAGGCAAUACCGAGAGAGGCAAAGGCAUUCGGACUCGGGGAAACGAAGUACUAUGUGGUGAUGGUUUGUAGUGCAAUUAUUUGGCAGACAUUCUUCUUGGGAGCAAUAGGAGUAAUCUUUUGUGCCUCGUCUUUACUCUCCGCUGUUAUUAUUGCUGUUCUACUCCCUGUAAUAGAGAUCCUAGCAGUCCUUUUCUACCAAGAGAAAUUUCAAGCUGAAAAAGGAGUUGCCUUGGUGCUUUCUCUUUGGGGAUUUGCUUCAUUCUUUUAUGGAGAGAUGAAACACAACAAGAAAAAGAAGAAGCAAACCCCAGAAGCAGAGAUGUCUCAAAUUCCUGGUCCAUGAUACCCCCCCGAAAAAACAAAAAACAUUGUUGUUAUCUAUCUUAAUUUUCCCUGGUGGGGUACAUGAUUUAAUAUUAAAGUUUGAAUACAAGCAAGGCUGUGGCCGGCUUAUUCAAAUAGGAUAAUUUCAUUUGCCAAAGCUAGCUAGCUCACCUUAAGAAGGCGACGUUCAAUAUGUCCUAUAUAUAUGUUUUUAUCUCUUCAGAAUGUAUAGUAGUCAAUGUAUAUCGAUCGCAUGAUUAAGAAAUAUAAUUUAGUUUUUAAUAUU